AUGGCUGGCGCUUAUGAUACCGAACAACAAAGAAUGAUUGAUAGAAUUAAAUGCAUUACUUUCCGAGAAGCUCGUGAUGCUGGUGCAACAUUUAUAAAUAGACAAUGGAUUGCCGACAAAAUUCACCGUACGACUCGAUUUGUUACAGAAUGGUGGGAAAAAUCGUGUGACCAAUGUUUUGCUGAUUAUUCGAAUGCUGGUCCUAAACUCAAGUUAUCGAGAGCUGCUCAGGACAUUAUUCGUGAAGCAAGUGGUCACCAACGGAAAAGCGGUUCUGUCGUGGCGAAAGAGAUUGCAAAGAAACAAAAAGAAUAUGUUACUCGACACACAGUUAAUAACUACCGCCGUAGGGAAGGAUUAAAGCCUUUUCAUGUUAUUUCAAGACCGUUAAAAUCUGAAACUCAUAUAUCAGAUCGAUUAUGGCUCUGUGAUUGGUUGAAAGAUUGGACUGAAGAAGAUUUUCUUCAUCUGGCACCAUCAGAUGAAUUUUAUGUUUGGACAGUUCGCAAACCAAAUUAUCAAAAUGAUAGGAUUUGGGCAAAAAGUGUUGAAGAUAUUGAAGACGAUGAAAGGUAUCGCGAAAUGGUUAAAAACCAAGCGUGUAUCGGUAUUUUUAUCAUUUUCACCGCGAAAAAAAUGCAUUGGGUGAUUAAAGACAAAGGUGAAUCUUGGACCGGUCAAUAUUUUCGUGACAUUAUUUUAAUGCAACACGUAUUUCCAUUCCUCACCGACGAGGAAAACGUAAUUGAUCUGGAUAAUGUGAUAUUUGUUCACGAUAAAGCACCGUGUAUGCGAGCAAACAUGACUCAACAUCUGAUUAGAGAUAACAAAAUCGAGUUUUGGGGCAAUGAUAUUUGGCCUGGUAAUUCGCCCGAUCUCAAUGCGGCGGAACAUAUUGGAUCAAUAGUGAAAGAUGAAGUUGAACAAAAAAUGUUAUCGGAAACUGGACAUAAUCGAUAUAGUGAAGACACACUUAAAAAGCACAUUGCGGAUGUUUUGACGGACAUGGAAGAAAAUACCGAAUUGUUUGAAGCUCUUUUAUGUUCGUAUCCAUAUCGACUUCGUGCAUUAAUACAACGAGAAAGUUGGAGUAAAUUAUUAGAAUUUUAUUGUUCAGAUAUGCUUCGACAAUGUCAAACGAAUAUUUUUCAAUCAUUAUCAAUUGAAAUUUUAUGUUCACAUUGGCAAGAUUUAUGUUUAGAAUUACGUGAUGCUGCUAGAAAAUUAUUAGAAAAAGAACUUGAUCAUUUACAUAACGAUAAUGAUGCAUGGUAUAUACUGAUUUCGAAAUGGUCGAAUUUAUUUCAUCAGUCAUAUAAUAAAGAAAAUGAUGGAGCUUUACAUGAUCCAAAUAUUCAAGAUAUACUUCUUGAUGAUACAGCUUAUAAUAAUGACACAACAACAACAAUAAUAGUGAAAGAAGAAUAUAAAAGACAACAAUUACUAUCUAUUGUUUUUAUGGGUAUUAUCUGUGCACGAUAUGAACAAGAAGUUGAACAUGCAAAACAAUCAUCAGUUACGAUUAAAGGAUUUUCAGUUGAAAGUCCAGAAAUAAUUUUAAAUUUGAGUCAUAUUCUAGCAAGUCUUUUAUCUCCAUCUAAUUUUGAUCACAUUCCAGUGCACACUGCUAUACGUCGAACAGCAAUCGAUCUUAUCGGUCGUGGUUAUACUACAUGGGAAUCCUAUUUAGAUAUUGGACAAGUACUACUAGCAUUAUUUGAUUUAUGUUCUAUUAGUGAUACUUCAACAAUGACAAGCAAGGUACAUGGUGAAAUAUUAUCACCAAAAACUGAUACUUGUUUAACAGCGCAAACAGCCCUUUAUUUAAUUGCAACGUCUCGUUCACGUGUAGUUAUAACGACACUUGCCCGUGAAAUAGCAAAACAUGCUCUUGUACAAUCUGGAACAACAUCAUCAUCAACAUCAAUAACAGUUAAAAAUGAACAUAAACCUGAAAUACUUCGUCUUAUUCAAAUUCUUAUUGAAAAAUGUCCACAAGAUAUUGAAGACUUAAUUCUUGAAGUUGUUGAUAUUACUCUGAAUUGUAUUGAUUUGAAUAUUCUUCGACAGAAAGGUGUUCCAGCUGUAUCAGAAACAUUUGGAUUAUUAUUAAAAUAUCCAACAGUAACUUAUUGCCAUAGCUCACCUAAAUUAUGUGUUGGUACAAAAACUGGUCUUCUUGCUUUAUACGAUUUAAAAGCACCAAAAUGUCAACCAUGUCAAGUUCUACCCAAAACUGAAAUAAUUACAUGUGUAGAAUUUUCAACCGAUGGAAAAUAUCUUGCUUUAUAUUCAGGUUAUGAAGGGAAAUUAUAUUUUUGGCAGACAUCAUCAAACACAUUUUUUGGCUCAUCAAAUGCACUUCAUCUUAGUUCAAAAUAUGAUGUUCAACGACUUGAUCGUUCGAUACUAUCACCGAUGGAAAAAGUUAAUCUUCAAUGGAUUGAUCGUACUCAUGUUAAAAUGUGUUGGUAUGACGAUAAAAUUGAAAAGACCUUUAAAGUAUAA